AUUAUUUAAUUAAUAUUUCAGAAAACUAAUUAAUUUGUUUCUCUAUGCUGUGUUAUGGGAGGAUGGCAAUCAAUGUUUGGAGUUAUUAGUGGUCGUCUUCCUAACUGUGUCACCCAAGCAGCUGUUGCAACAUAUUUUAGAGUUUCCGCAUUCCGCAAACUGGGAUUCAGAGGAACUCACAGUAUACAGACAAGACAGCAAGGUGAAAAAAUGCAGAUCCAGAUUCUGCCGGCGUUGUCUGACAACUAUAUGUACCUCCUAGUGGAUGAAAAGAGUAAAGAAACUGCAGUAGUGGACCCUGUUGAACCAGAUACAGUUCUUAGGGCUAUAAAAGAUGCGGGACUAAACCUAACAACUGUUCUUAUUACGCAUCAUCAUUGGGAUCAUGCUGGUGGAAACAAAGCUCUCUUAGCUAAAGCUCCUGGACUAACAGUACUAGGAGGAGAUAGUAGGUAUCUAUACAUAUAUAAAAGUAGUAGUCUCUAUUUCUCUGUCUGUUUGUCUUCAAUACACCCUGUCAUACUUCAGGUUAGUAUUCAAUACACCCUGUCAUACUUCAGGUUAGUAUUCACUACACCCUGUCAUACUUCAGGUCACAUCUGUUAUUAUGUUACUGAUGAAAACCAGAAGGAGAGGAUUGUGUUUACAGGGGAUACUCUUUUCCUUGGUGGAUGCGGACGUUUCUUUGAGGGAACAGCUGAACAGAUGUUUACUGCUCUUAUAGAGAAGCUCAGUGCUCUUCCUGAUAUAACGAAAGUUUACUCUGGUCAUGAGUAUGCCCUGCAGAACCUGGCUUAUGGAGAACAUGUAGAACCAGAGAACCAGUAUAUCAAGGAUAAAAUACAAUGGUGUAGAGCACAGAGAGAAUCUGUUCCUCCCAUACCUACUGUACCAUCAACUAUAGCAGAGGAGAAACUAAUCAAUCCUUUCAUGAGGGUACAGAAACCUGCUGUUCAAGCUCACGCUAAAUCUACAGAUGAUAUUGAGGUUAUGAGAGCACUCAGAACUGAGAAGGAUAAUUUUAAAUCUAAAAAAUGAAACAACUUGUCUCAGUAGUUAUAUUAUAAAAGGACUGUAAGCGUAAUUUCAUGUGACCCUCCAUGCGAAGAUGGCAAUACCCGAUUUACAACGGUACCCUUUAAAACUUAUUUAUCUAUGUUUCUUUGGACUGUUACUUUUCAUUUGUGUCUCUGCGUAAGUGGGUUGUGCAUUUCUUGCUCCUAAGAAACAAUUGAGAAAUUCACAGAAUUAAACACUUAGAGUGAAGAAAAUGACGUUAUGUUCCACAUUUAUUAUCAUAUUAAGGUUCCAAGGGUACCGUUGUAAAUGCCAUUUUUGCUUAGAAGGUCACUUGAAAUUACGCCUACAGUUCCUUAAACAAAUAAACAUGCAUGGGAUUGUGAUUUGAGGUUUUAAUUUUGAUUAUUAUUAUAUUUUAUGUCUGCAAUUAGAUAUUUAUCGCGUAGAUGAUCCGUUUUUGGUAAAAAUUCCUAAGUAACUCUUUAAAUGUCAAUUAAAUUUGUUUAUGCUGAUAAAGAAAGAUAUUUU